AUGGCCGCCUACCUUUUAUCCCUGGGUUUCCUUUUCGCCGCUUCCAUAAAUGCUGCACCUCAAGCAUCCCAGGCAUUGUCGGCAUCGUCUGUAACACCAUCGCCGUCUGCUUCACCUUCUUUAACUUCCGAGGAGCGAGACGAGUUGUUUCAACUUCACGAAGAGCUAGUCAACAUACCCUCGAUCUCGAGCGAUGAGGUAGAGUGCGCAGAUUACAUCUCAGAAUACCUGGAAGAGCUUGGAUAUUAUGUUGAGAAAGUACCGGUUGCGAACACGAGCACGUUCAAUGUGUUUGCGUAUCCAUCCGCGCUCAAGGAUGAGGGUAUAUGGCCCGAGGUACUGAUCACCAGCCACAUUGAUACAGUACCGCCAUUCUACCCGUUCGAAAGGCGUGAAGAAAAUGGGACGAUCUUCCACUACGGCCGCGGCACCGUUGAUGCAAAAGGGCCUGUAGCAACAAUGAUCAUCGCUUCGCACAAAUUCUUCCAAUCUCGAUCCAACACUCCCCGGCUGGGUAUGCUCUUUGUUGUAGCCGAGGAGACCGGUGGCGCCGGUAUGAAAGCUUUUGCCUCGUAUGCGAAAAACACCACCUUCCGCGCCGGCAUCUUUGGUGAACCUACGGAAGGCAAAUUGGCCAGUGGCCAUAAGGGCAGCCUUGGCUUGACUCUCGACGUCAAGGGCAAAUCCGCUCAUUCUGCCUAUCCAUGGCUGGGCAUUUCAGCGGUUAACUAUCUCGCUGAAGCUAUCGUUGUCCUAAAUGCACUCGAGCCCGCAUUGCCGCAGAGCGAACUCCUCGGAGCUACGACACUCAAUGCCGGGCUUAUUCGAGGCGGUGUAGCAGGUAACGUCGUUCCGGAAGCAGCGAAUGCUAGUGUCCAGAUACGUAUUUCGCGCUCUGAAGACGAUGCCGUGUCGACGGUUCAGGGUAUGAUCACUCGCAUGCUUUCGCCGCUCAUAACUCGCGCGGAAGAAGCGAAUGCUACGUUCAGCCUUAUCUGGUCAAAUGCGACGUAUCCUGCGCCUAUACUAGACACCGAUGUUGAGGGCCUGGAGAUCGCCCCGGUGUUCUAUGGAACGGACAUCCCAAGCUUGCCGCAGGUGGAGAAGAAAUAUCUUUUCGGGACGGGCACAAUUGAGGUUGCACAUACGCCGAAUGAGGGCUUAAGUCAGGAUGAGCUUGUACAGGCUGCGGAGGCCUACGGUUUGAUCUUAGAGAGUUUGUUCCCGAGUAACUCGACGGCUGAACAAUGA